AGCUGAUCUUCAGAUGAUGUUGAGAUUGUCUGAUUUAUAAAAAGCAAUCAAGAAUGGAAGAGGAAACAGAACAUUUAGCUGCAAUUUUAUCUAUUGUAGAUGAACAGUCAUACAAAUUAACAGAAUUUUUAAACUCUGAAGAUUUGAAACCAGAUCUAUCCACAAUAUUUUCAUCUUCUCAAGACAUAAAAACAGAAUUUACAACAUUUUCAUCUAUUGUUGAUGCAAAACCCAACAUGACAUUCACAGCUUCUCAAGAUGAUAAACCCUAUACUACAACAGAAUUUUCAUCUUCUAAAGACACAGAAACAGAAUUUUCAAAUUUUUCAUCUUUUGAUGAAUUUACACACAACAAAACAAUUAUAAGCUUGCAAGAUGUUAAACCUGAUGUUACAACUGAGUUUUUAAUUUGUAAAGAUAAAAAGCCUGCUGUAUCAACAUUAUCAGCAGCUGAAGAUAAUAAAUCAGAAGUCACAACUUUAUCAAGUAGUAAAGAUUCAAAACCAGAAUUAUUGACAGGAUUUUUAUUUUUUGAGGAUAAACAACAAAAAGGGCUUGAACUUCAAGUUAAAGAAAAUCUCCAGUUUUCUAGAGACAAAAGAUAUCAGAUUGUUUCUAGUGUCAAACACAAAAGGUUUUCUCAAAGUUCUAACUUAAUAAAAGAUAAAACAGCUCAAGAAGGAAAUGAGCAAGUUGAAUAUGAUGGUGACCAUGAGAAUCUUUCUCAAAGUUGUAAUUUCAGUAAAAAUAAAAAAGUGUACUCAAGAGAUAAUCCAUAUAUAUGUGAUGUUUGUAAUAAAAGGUUCUCUUAUCGAUGUAGAUUAUAUACACAUAUAAAAGAGCACUCAGGAGAUAAGUCAUAUGAAUGUGAUGUUUGUCAUAAAAGGUUUACACAUAGUUCUAGUUUACAUACACACAAAAAUAUUCAUUCAGGAGAAAAGCCACAUGAAUGUGAUGUUUGUCAUAACAGGUUUUCUCAUAGUUCUCAUUUAAAAAGACAUAAAAAGCUUCAUUCAGGUGAAAAGGCAUAUGAAUGUGAUGUAUGUCAUAAAAGGUUUACACACAGUUCUAAUUUACAUACACACAAAAAUAUUCAUUCAGGAGAAAAGCCAUAUGAAUGUGAUGUUUGUCAUAACAGGUUUUCUCAAAGUUCCACUUUAAGAAGACAUGAAAAAAUUCAUUCUGGAGAAAAGGCAUAUGAAUGUGAUUUUUAG